GUUCUGAAGUGGGCAGAGCGAACACACAGGGGCGAGUGCGCUGUGGCUUGAAUCUCAUCUCUCCAGUCUGCUCUUCUGAACGACGUCUCCGAUCGCCCUAUCCUUGGAUUUUAAGUCUGAUCUCCACCUUAGAACAUCAUCGCCGGCCACCGACACAAUCCACUGACAAGCAGGGUGCAACAGGUCGGACUCGGUCCACUGAGAUGUUACUGAGGGACGACGAUGGGUCAGAGAAGGAAAUCACAUCGGUGAGGCAGACGGGCCGCACACCACGUCCCCAUAAAGCACCGCAGCUACACUGAGUGACACGGCCAUGCCCCGCCUGCCGUCCUGAGCCUCCUCCUUGACCACUGCGCCUUCCCUCAGUCAAAUCAGAUUCACAGAAGUCCAAACGAUCCCCUGUCAGGUCAGCAUGGCUACACCCUUUCUGUGGAAACUGUCGUCCCAGAAACUGGGCUUCUUCCUGGUCAGCUUUGGCUUCAUCUGGGGCAUGAUGCUGCUGCAUUUCACCAUCCAGCAGCGAGCCAGCCAUGAGAACAGCGCCGUGCUUCGGCAGCAGAUCCUGGACCUCAGCAAGCGUUACAUCAAGGCCCUGGCUGAGGAGAACCAAAGUGUUAUGGAUGGGCCCUACGUGGGUACCAUGACGGCUUACGACUUGAAGAAGACCCUCGCCGUGCUGCUGGAUAACAUCAUGCUGAGGCUGGGCAAGCUAGAAGCCAAGGUGGAAAACAUCUACAACGGCACCGGGGGCAACCUGACCAAUGGCACCAGCACUGCCACACCCAGCGCCGCAAACUCUGAAAAGGUUAACGUGGCAGACCUCCUAAAUGGAGCCCAAGAGAAGUGUGAGCUGCCGCCUUUGGAAGGUUUCCCUCACUGCGAAGGCAAGCUCAAGUGGAUGAAGGAGAUGUGGCGUUCUGACGCCUGCUACGGCAACUACGGCGUGGAUGGAUCCACGUGCUCCUUCUUCAUCUACCUCAGUGAGGUGGAGAACUGGUGUCCUCGCCUGCCCUGGAGGACAAAGACCCUGAAUGAAGAAAUAGACAGGAGGGGACAGGCGGAGAUCCGGACCAGCUUCGAGGAGCUUUACCGUGUGAUGUCACAGCGCGAGGAGUUCCGCUGGAUGAUGCUGAGGAUCAAACGCAUGGCUGAGCCGUGGGUCAGCGCCAUCCGCUCGCUGGCUGCCAAGCAGAACAUGGCCAAGCGUCGGAGGAAGAAGAUCCUGGUGCACUUGGGCCUGCUGACCAAGGAGUCAGGGUUCAAAAUAGCAGAAAAUGCCUUCAGUGGUGGCCCACUGGGCGAGUUGGUCCAGUGGAGUGACCUCAUAACCACGCUGUACCUGCUGGGCCAUGACGUUCGCAUCUCAGCCUCCCUGGCUGAGCUCAAAGAGAUCAUGCGUAAGGUCAUGGGGAACAAGUCCAGCUGCCCAACCCAGGGUGACAAGGUGGUUGAGCUCAUCUACAUUGACAUCGUGGGCCUCACCCAGUUCAAGAAGACGCUGGGACCUUCCUGGGUCCACUACCAGUGCAUGCUGCGGGUGCUGGACUCGUUCGGGACGGAACCGGAGUUCAACCACGCCCACUACGCCCAAUCCAAGGGUCACAAGACGCCAUGGGGGAAGUGGAACCUGAACCCGCAGCAGUUCAACACCAUGUUCCCUCACACCCCAGACAACAGCUUCCUGGGCUUCGUAGUGGAGCAGCACCUCAAUGCCAGCGACAUCAAGCACAUCGAUGACAUCAAGAGACAGAACCAAUCACUAGUCUACGGCAAGGUCGACAACUUCUGGAAGGACAAAAAGAAGUACCUGGACACCAUCCACAGCUACAUGGAGGUCCACGGCACCGUGCACGGCACCAGCACCGUGCACCUCCCGAGCUACGUCAAGAACCACGGCAUCCUGAGUGGCCGAGACCUGCAGUUCCUCCUCCGCGAAACCAAGCUGUUUGUGGGUCUGUCCUUCCCCUACGAGGGUCCUGCCCCCUUGGAGGCCAUCGCCAACGGCUGUGCUUUCCUCAACCCUAAGUUCAACCCCCCAAAGAGCAGCAAGAACACAGACUUCUUCAAGGGCAAACCCACGCUGAGAGAGCUGACCUCUCAACAUCCAUAUGCUGAGGUGUACAUUGGUCAACCCCAUGUGUGGACGGUGGACAUCGAGAACUCAGCCGAGGUGGAGAGGGCCAUCCGCUCCAUCCUCAGCCAGAAGAUUGAGCCCUACCUGCCCUAUGAGUUCACCUGUGAGGGUAUGCUGCAGAGGGUCAACGCCUUCAUCGAGAACCAGGACUUCUGCCACGGUCAGGUGAUGUGGCCUCCCCUCAGCGCCCUGCAGGUCAAACUUGCCGAGCCUGGACACUCAUGUAAGCAGGUGUGUCAGGAGGAGCAGCUCAUCUGUGAGCCUUCUUUCUUCCAACACCUCAACAAGGACAAGGACUUGGCCAGGUUCGGUGUGGACUGUCAGACGGUGGAGUCGAGUGCCGACACGUUGGUCCCGGCCUACAGCCCAACCCGCCACCACUGCAUCUUCCAGUCUGACCUGCUGUUGUUCAGCUGCGCUGGCGCCCACCCGUCACUACAGCGCAUCUGCCCCUGCCGCGACUACAUGAAGGGCCAGGUGGCGCUGUGCAAAGACUGCCUAUAGCAGCAACACACAGGCUGAUGGGAGGAGGGAGGGUUGGGAGGAUUUUGGGGGGGGGGUUCUCGGGUUUGGGCGUGGCCAGAUGGAGUUUAAAUGAUGUCGGAGCAGCUUAACGAGUGUGUGAGUGUUGUCAAUCAAGCACACACACACACCAGACUUUUUUUUGUGGGAAGAUCUCUGGACAGAAAAACAACAUUCACAGGACUGCUUGUGUUCGUCGUAUUUAUUGUUUUCCCCAGCUGCUGGACACGAAAACAGUCCUGCAGCCAACCCGAGCGUCCCUCUGAGUCACCAGCGGCGAUGCUGCCAGUCCCGGAAGACGGUGUGAAAUUAUACUUGAAUCAACAAAAGGGAGUUGUCUUCGACUUUAAACUUGCCGCAGAUGAGCUCUCUGCUGCCACCUUGGUAGACUGCACAUAUCAGUGACUGCCUGCCUGUUGGUCUGCAGGUUCAGGGGCCAAGGAGACUCACACGCCUCCCGUCCUGACAGCAUCCCCCACCCACACACACACCCCCCUAUCUACCCCCUCUGGGUUUGAUCCCAAACUGUUUAUUCUUUAGGUAGGUUUGCACUGGACUGGCUCACAUCUCCAACUCACAUACAUACACACACACACACACACACACAGACAGACACAGGGCGCUGCCCCCAGCCUAAACAGACAGGCUCAAGAAGAACCCAGUUUUACACUGUAACCAACUCGUUCCUCUCUUCUGGACAGAAAUGACGAGAGCGGACAUGUAACGUAGAGAUCUAGAUUUUUAUUCUGGAAGUUUCCUGAUGCAUCCUCUGGACAUAAAGCAGUCUUCACCCCCCCCCUCUUUAACGACUGAAAAGAGCAGUUGUGAUUUUGAUAUUUUUUAGUUGCACACUUGUUAAAAUACAAAAAAUACAGAUGGUUUUAAUUUCAAGCUGUAAAGAGGGUCGAGCGUGUGCUCGUACGAAAGGCCAGUAGAAAAUCGCCAAACUGUUUUUGUUCGACUGUUCCAUGACACCAUCCAGUACAGAGAGGUGAGGACCAGGGAGGGGUGGGGGUGGGGGCGGGGGCGAGGUUCGUUCUCUAUAGCUUAAGCUGUCGUGUGCCGAGUCGCCGUGUCGUGGGAUGUCGUGACGUUGUGUCGUAGAUGAUAGGCCGUUGUCAGUAUCAGCGGUAAGACCUCGAUACGUCGCAGCGCGGGCUGGGAAACCAUGACAGCGUUUUCCCAAAGCCCGUAAAGAAACAUGGACACCUCACCGCGAUGUUUGUCUGCACAAAGUCAGCUGUUAGAAAAUAGAAAAACAAAGAUCCACGCUCAUCUCCCUAUGAGCCGGUCAGCGGCUGUAAAUCCUUCUCGAGCAAACCUUAAGCAGCAAACAAAAAAAACCCCAUGCCAGCUAAGCGUUCCCGCCACGCUAAAACCUUGCAUUUCCUAGUUUUCUUUGGAUUAUCGUUAGGGUUUUAAUUUGCCUGCAGAUUUGCCAUGAAAAAAAAUCAGAUAAAAAUAAAAUUCGUAGUUCUUGUGGUGAAUGGAAAAAAUGCACUAGGGGAAUCUAUUUGCAGAGGUUUAACAGGAUAUUAGUAACACUGUAUAUUGUUCAUAUGGGUUUUAAAGUUUUUCUUUUUUAUUUAUUUUGUAUACAGAUCUUUAUCUCUGUGUUUUGCUGGAAAUCCUUGUUUUUUUUAUUUAUAGGAGGGGGUGUCUUUCUUUUUUUCCCUUUUUAUAGAUUUUUAUUUAUGGAGAGUAAUUUAAAAAGAAUAACGACAAAAUGAUGGGAAGCCUUUGUCUGCUUCUGUUCAGCUUCCAGCAGUGACGUGAGGAGAAAAUCUCCAACAGCAUGUACUGGGACGGGAAAGGAUUUUUUUUUUUGUUGUAAGCACACAAAAGAUAUUUCUUUUAACAAUUAUUAACACCCAAAUGUAAUAAUUCAGUUACCUGAGCUGGACCUUAGAGCUCCGGCUUUCGAGACUGAUCUUGCAUUUUUAUGAAAAGGUGAUUUGAUAUUUUAUCUGCACGAGAACUCAUAUCAAACUGAAAUCUUUAGCGUUGAAUAACAUUUUAACUGCGGAGGAAGACUCGUGUCCCGUUCUUCCUCUCGUCACUGUCUCUUGAAGACGGACAGCAGUGGACAAACAGGCCCGGAGUCACUGGCAAAGGCAGCAGGAGCCUCAUACUCUUUGUGCUUUGAUUUUGCCAUCUCAGUUUUUCUCUGUUUGCACAGAUUUAGCCUGAAUGGCAGCGUUCAGCUACAGCCUAACGCCUGCACUUUCUCACUGUGUCAGCUUUGACUGUUUUUUCUGUUUUCUCUUUCGACUUUUUUCUUCUUUUUUUUUUUAAACAGGUCACUGAUCUGCCGCCAAGUUAGUGUUUCAAAGAACAUGAUGUGCCUUUUCAUGGUUAAGUUUGGUUCUGCUUCCGUUUGAUUAUCAGCGGGCUGCCGGGCCAGGGUCAUUUCAAACAAUUCAACGUGUGAACCUGGACAAAUCCAGUUCACACACACACACACACACUUCACACAGUUGAUAAAGGAGUGUGUUGUUUCUCGUUUCCUCAAUCGCUUUUACCGUCCACCUCAAAUCAUUGUAAUCUUCUGUCCAAUUUUAAUUGAAUUGGGUUUAAACCAGUUAAUUUAGUUUGCCCAUUAGUUCCACUCUGUUGAGUUGGUCAGGUUUGGAGAAGCAGGACACUCACUGUUAACCACCAGUGAUUUUAGGACUAAGAGAAAGGACAGAACAAAUGUCCAACACCAGUGGAUUUUACGUGUUCUUAAGUUGUUAGACUGCACACUUCUAGCAGUAAUUUGGUUUCAGAAACUACAUGUGGGCUUUCUGGUUUUAUUGCCUUAAACUGACUGAUCGACUCACAGCAGUCUGUUUUCUUGCCGCCGUGGUUAGGACACUGUUUUCUCACUGUCAACAAAUCCCACGUGCAGAGCAAAAACCAACAACGUGCCAGUUUGUCUCUCAAGACCUUCUGACAUUCCUACCCUGUCUGUGGCUCUGAGCGGCAAGCCCAACGUUCACCUUUGAAAAAUGCAUUUGUUGGGGACUAUUUUUCUGCUGUGGAUUGAUACACACUGGCUCCAGAGAAUAUUUAUGCAUUGAAGUUACAGGCAGCCAACAGGGCAGCAAACAACAAUGGGGCUCUGAUGCACAGAGGACUGGGAUGCAUUGAAGGUUUUGCUCUUUCCCUGAGAUUUGUUGGCAGUAAGACAAUUGGAGACCAUCAGCGCACUUCUCGUUCUUGUACAUUUCAGAGUUGGGAUUAGUUCAUUUGAGCUCACACGAGAAAUCUAAACCAAGAGUGAAACUCGGUUUGGCUUCUGCGUGCAGCUGUUCCAGAUAAGUAGUGGGUCCAACCUCGUUCUUGUUGCAGUAAAAAGCCUUAUUUGCGUUGUGUUAGUCAGGCUUGUUCACGCAGUCGGUCAGAUUAUCAGUCGUUUGGUUUUCAAGAGAUAUCAGUUCGUCUGUUUCUUCACCAUAUCUGUCUUUGUUAACCUCAGCAUCGAAUGUCUCAAUUGUUGCACAAAAAAAUGCUACUUGCAGUCAUACAAACAUGUAUCAAUCGUGGUUUUUCAAUCUCAAACUUGGUUAAAGCUUUCGGUUAGCAUCCAGUGACUGAAACACCAGAGAGGUGAUGAUCGUGGUCCGAGCAGCGACAGGUGAAUAACGCAAUGACAACAGUUUUUUUUCUUUUGUUUUUCACAGUCUUUGACGAGUAAGAGGGAUAUAACUUUAUUUUUAAAUAAACCUUUUUUCUGUGACAAAAG